CCUUAAUCCCGAGCCAUGUGAACCCCUAAAGAUGAGUUCAGCAUUGCACAACUUUUAAACACCUGCACAGAUAACCACAGUUCAAGCCUGAGCAAUUUUGAAAACUUAUUUACAGAAAGCAGAUUUUAAGGUUUAUUAAGUURUUACCUGCACUAAUUUGUUUUAUUAUUUUAAAAUCUACAUCAAUGCAGGAAGUCUCUGCAGUCGACAAGUCAACAAUCGAGAAUUCAAAUUUYAAUGCGAGCAGGAUGACCAGAUUUAUUGUGCAUGGAUUUGUAGACAAUGGAGAAGAAAACUGGCUGUCAGACAUGUGCAAGAGGAUGCUCACUGUGGAAGAUGUGAACUGCAUCUGUGUGAACUGGAAGAGAGGGGCAAGGUGUCAGUACACUCAGGCGUCCAACAACAUCCGUGUCGUGGGUGCUGAAAUCGCUUAUUUUGUGGAUGUUCUCAUGGAUGACUAUGGAUACUCCCCAGCUGACGUGCACAUCAUCGGGCACAGCCUGGGAGCGCACGCUGCGGGCGAGGCUGGCCGGAGGCGCCCUGGCAUCGGCCGGAUCACCGGACUGGACCCUGCACAGCCUUAUUUCCAAGGCACUCCAAUUGAAGUCAGGCUGGAUAAAUCAGAUGCAGACUUUGUUGACAUUAUCCACACAGACUCAGCUCCCACGAUCCCCAAUUUGGGUUUUGGCAUAAGCCCAGCCAUAGGACACGUUGACUUUUAUCCAAAUGGGGGAGAGCAGAUGCCYGGCUGUGGGAAGAACCCCGUGUCCCAGAUCGUGGAUCUCGAUGGCAUCUGGGAAGGAACCCGGGAUUUCGUGGCUUGCAAUCAUUUGAGGAGUUACAAGUAUUACUCGGACAGUAUUAUCUACCCYGACGGAUUUUUAGGUUAUCCUUGUGCUUCAUAUGAUCUUUUUCAAGCAGGAAACUGUUUCCCAUGCCCAGCAGGGGGAUGCCCAAAUAUGGGUCACUACGCAGACAAAUACAAGGAUCAGUUUAAAAAGGGUUUCCUGAAACUUUACCUGAAUACUGGAGAGGCCAGGGAUUUUCCUCUCUGGAGGUACAAAGUGACAGUGACYCUCUCUGGAAAGAAGAAAGUAAAGGGAUAUGUAAACGUUGCCCUCUAUGGCAGCAAUGGGAACACAAAGCAGUUCCAGAUCACCAAGGGUACCCUCAAACCAGACAACACUUACACAGCCUACAUCGAUGCAGAAGUUAAUGUAGGAAAAGUUACGAAGGUUAAAUUUCUUUGGAACAACAACUGGAUAAACCCAACUUUACCUAAACUGGGAGCUGCAACCAUCACGGUAGAAGYUGGACAAAAUAGAACAGAGUACCGUUUCUGUGGUUCUGGGACCGUGAGGGAGGAUGUUCUGCAAACCCUGACUGCCUGCUAACAGCACAUUUGGAUACCCAAAACCUUUCUAACAAUAA